AUGGUCAAAUACGAAACAAAAAUAGCGACUAUUGCUGUUGUUCUCGUCAUGAUAAUCUUUCACAUUGGUGUUAUUAAUGGUCAACAAUGUGUUACCAAUUCUGGUAAUGGUUAUUGUUGUUCUGCUGCAUAUCCUAUGUGUGUUCAAGGUUUCCUGAAAUGUUGUCCAUCAAGAACAAUCUUUUAUUACAAUGGUUACUGCUAUUUUCGAUCAGGAAAAUCUACUGGUAAUGAUACAAAAACAGCUUCAGCAGAUGUAGCUUUUACUAUUAUAUAA